GAAGCGGGUCGAACUCGCCUAGCGCAACCGCCGUCACGCGGACUAAAUAGGUACCGCAGCGUCCACCGCGUCGGAGGAAGAGACCAUGUUCUUCGGUGGUCCGGGAGGCAUCCCGUUCGGCAUGGACGACAGCGGCAUGCCCGGGGGCAUGGGGGGCAUGGGCCGCCAGCGCGAGCCCGCGGACACGACGGCGCUCUACGAGGUGCUCGGCAUCCAGAAGUCGGCGUCGGCGACGGAGAUCAAGAAGGCGUUCCGCAAGCUGGCCCUGAAGAAGCACCCCGACAAGGGCGGCGACCCCGAGGAGUUCAAGAAGAUCCAGGCGGCCUACGAGGUCCUCGGCGACGAGGAGAAGCGCGAGAAGUACGACAAGUACGGCCUCGAGGGCCUCGAGGCCGGCGACAUGCCCGAGGGCGGCAUGGACGUCUUCGACCUCUUCUUCGGCGGCGGCCGGCGGCGCCGCGGCGGCGGCGGCGGCAAGCGCAAGGCCGAGGACACGGUCUACCCGCUCAAGGUGUCCCUCGAAGACCUCUACAACGGCAAGACGGCCAAGCUCGCGAUCACGCGCAGCGUGAUGAAGGGCGAGCCCAAGAAGUGCACGACCUGCAAGGGCCAGGGCGUCGUCGUCCAGAUGCGCCAGAUCGGCCCGGGCAUGGUCCAGCAGCUCCAGACGCGCUGCCCCGACUGCCCGCCGGGCAGCGGCGGCUACCGCGUGAACAUGAAGAAGGAGCGCCAGGUCCUCGAGGUCAACGUCGACAAGGGCGCGUCCCACAACACGAAGCUCCGCUUCUCCGGCAUGGGCAACGAGUCGCCCAACGCCGAGCCCGGCGACGUCGUCUUCGUGCUCCAGCAGAAGGAGCACGCGUCGUUCAAGCGCAAGGGCGCGGACCUCCUCAUCCAGAAGGACAUCUCCCUGUCGGAAGCCCUCUGCGGCUUCAAGUUCGUCGUCCGCCAGCUCGACGGCCGCCAGCUCCUCAUCCAGUCCAAGCCGGGCCAGAUCGUCCGCCCCGAGGUCCAGCAGGGCGUGCCCUACGUCAUGUGCGUCGACGGCGAGGGCAUGCCCAAGCACGGCAACCCCUUCGACAAGGGGCGCCUCUUCGUGCUCUUCACCAUCAUCUUCCCGCCGAACUACUCCCUCGGCGAGGACCAGGUCGCGCUGCUCAAGCAGGCGCUGCCCAAGGCGCUCAACGACGAGCCCUACGACGAGAACGAGAUCGAGGACGCCAUUCUCGAGGAGAUCAACCUCGACGAGCUCGGCAAGGGCCAGGGGGCCACGGGCGAGGAGGAGGAGGACGACGACGAGGCCGGCGGCAACGGCCAGCGCGUCCAGUGCGCCCAGUCCUAGGGCGCGCGGCCCGCGCGCGCGGCCGCCCCGCGCCCGAACCCCCGACCCCCGCCCGCGGGGGCCCGCGAGGGCCCGCGCGGGUCCCCCCCGCCUUUAACACACACUCUCCGCCCG